AUGAUACUAUCAACAGGAAGGUCAGCAUGAACAACAAGGAACUAUCAAAGGUAGGCCUACAUGCUGUAGAUGUUGUUUUUUUAAAAAUAAAGAUAAUCAAGUAGCUUUUAUUUCACAAAUUCUCUGGCCAGCAACUUGUUUUUCCUGUUAUACUUUUUACAUAGAUUUUUAGGACAUAAAUGAUACAAGGUUUGGGGUAAACCUGAACGGAGGUGAAGCAAAACACCAAACAAGUUUACUAAAAAAAUCCAAUUGAUGCAAAAAAUAAAACUAGAAAUGAAAAAUAAAUAUGCUCCAGCAGAUUAAACACAUUGAUAAAAUGCACAGGUUUUUAUGUUUUUGUAUAGAAUUUAAAAAAAAAUAAUUUUCUUUACGGGGCUUUAAGUUUAAUUCUGCAGGUUGGCAUGUAUAUUGUUUUCUAGAAAGGAUUUAUUUUUACAAUUUUUUUAUUGUUAACCUGCAUCAUGUACAGGUAGACACUAUUGAGAAUCAAGUAGCUGAAAUAUCCAACAAGGUUACACAAAUGGGUGAGUAACUCAAAUAAUUAAUAUAGAUAAAUAAUAAGGUAUUUGAUUUUUUAGUCUUUGAAUCUUUACAGCAAAAUAAAUUCCUGAUUAUUUUGUUUACCAGUAUGUUUUAAAAAUUCUAUUUUGAACCUUCUUUCCAUUAUCCUAGAAAGUUGAAAAGCAUAUCAAUGUUAAAAUAGUUUUACUCAUGCUCCAGGCAAUUGUUCAAGCAUAAAAUAUUAUGUCUAUUGAAAUAAAUAAGGCCUUAAUUUUAUAAAUAGUAGAAAUAACACUCUUUUUUUAUUCUUGAAACAUUUUUAUUGUGGAAAAAAUUUAAGUAUAAGUAAAACAUUUAAAAAAAAUUUCGUGUAAAAAAUUAUUAUGAACCUAAUAUAAAAAUAUUUCAACCUAUAAUCUGUCUUUUAACCACACAUAUGUGUUUUUAUAGCAGCAUCAAAAAUUGAUUAUCUUAAUGUUUUAAUUAACCAAAUCGGCAAUUGACUGUUGUCUAAGUAUUUUCACAUGUUAGCUCUUAAAAGCCUUAAAAAUGAUAAUGAUAGUCAGUACAAAACAAAAUCUUUAAAUGCCAUGGUUGUAGUUCUUUUUGGUGCUUAAUUCUUAAAAAAAUAACAUCCUCUCAAUAUUUUGACCUAAACUUUGAUUAUUGCAUCUUUUGAUGACUCCAAGGGGAUAAUUAAUUUAAAAAAAUAAAGCUGCCUGACUUUUUUCUUCUUAACAAUUUACUGAUCUAUUUUAAAUAAGGCAAUUCUAAGUUUCAAAUGAUAUCAAUGGGAUUGAAAAAUCUUCUCUAAACAUGACAGAUAUAAAUAAAACGUGUAAUUGAGUGAAAGAAAUAAGAAAUGUUUUACCAAAUUUAAUUGAAAGAAACAAACUGAAAGUUAAAAUUUGACAUAGCAGCUAAAUUUAUUGCAACUUUUCAAAUAUUUUUGUGUGAUUAAAACAUUCUGCUUGAAGAGCACUUUACAAGAUUUCGCUUUUGUGUGUGCCAUAAGUGCCCACCUUUUGUUUAUUUCAACCUCACAGCACCACAGCUUUAGAUUUAUCUAAUUUACUUCAUUAUUAUUAUUAUUAUACUCUGUGACUUUUACAUCCUUUACAGAAAUGAAAUGCUGUCGACCAAAUGUAGGAUUCUCUGCCUGGAGCACAUUUAAUCUCGCAGCAGGCUGUGUGGAUUUAAAAAAAAUUCAUAGUGUGAAAAUGAAAGCAAACAGCGGAGAUCACUUUGAUCCAUUGUCUGUGACGCUCACAGCUCCACUGAAUGGCUUAUAUUUGAUAAACAUUAGUACAAGAUGUGAAAAAGAUGAACCCUUCUUUAUAGCAUGUUUUCACAAAACGAAAAAAAAAAUCAAAUGACGAUGCUGAUCCCAUAUAUCUAGGCCGCGUAAAUGAUAACCAGUCUAUAACACGGUGUGCUGAGAUGAUGUCAGGAGAUGUCAUAUAUUUACAAUCACAGACAUAUGAUGAGAAAGGAAG